UUUGAUAAAAUGACUGACAGAGAUGUUGUUUCUUGGAGUACAAUGAUUAGGAGCUGUGUUAGGAACAGAUUGUUUGGUGAGGCAUUGGAACUUAUAAGGGAAAUGCAUCGUGUUCGAGUGAGGCCUAGUGAGAUUGCCAUGAUUAGCAUGGUUAAUCUCUUUGCGGGGGUUGCUGAUAUCGAAAUGGGGAAAGCGAUGCAUGUUCAUGUUGUGAGGAAUGGCAAGCAUGAGAAAUUGGGAGUUCCUGUUACUUCUGCUUUGAUCGACAUGUAUGUCAAGUGUGGAAAUUUAACUUAUGCAAGGAGGCUCUUCGACGGGUUAGGACAGAAAAAUAUUGUUUCGUGGACUGCAAUGAUCGCGGGGUACAUUCAUUGCAGAGAUUUACACGAGGUAGCAAAACUUUUCAACAGAAUGCUGGCGGAAGGAUUAUGCAUCUUUGAACCUUCAGUAAUAAUAUAUCUCAAAAGGGAAAAGCAUAACUCAAUUUAUUAGUCAGGUUUUUGUUCCGCAGUUUGUUUAUUUGAACUGAGGUAUUGUAUUGGUAUUAAGCUGUUAAAGUUUAUUUAUUUGAACUGAGGUAUUCUAUUUUGUUCUUUGAACCUCCAUUAUUUACUGAAGGAUUAUGCAUCUUUUUUUGCUUUCUUGUUUAGUACAUACACUUGCUCAUAAGUUGUUUUUUCUCUGUUAUGAAUUUAUCUCCUCCAUGCAUCUCUUCUCUCAUUGCAUUUGCAUGGGUGGUGACCUUUAAGUACCUUUUCGUAUGCAUUUAGUAAUAAAAAGGAAUUGGGUUUUUUUAGUUUAUGGGAUUGUGUAGGUACAUUCUUGGACUUUGGAAUUGGUUUUAGUGAAUUGGGUUUUAUUUGGUUUUGUGCAGGGAGAGCUUGUGCGUGCUUUAGGAGGAGCUGUGGCAUCCACAUCUCUUCUUGGAGUUCCUCUUGGACAUAACUCCUCGUUUCUUCAAGGGCCGACCUUUGCACCUCCAAGGAUUAGAGAGGCUAUCUGGUGUGGGAGCACCAACUCAACAACUGAAGAAGUGUAUAGAUGUCGCAGUUGAUCACUCGUCGUCGGAGUGUGUCCAAUGCAGCUCCUGCAUUAUCAGCAUCUAGUGCUCCAGGCGUGAGUGCUCCAUUGAUUGAGGAGCCUACACCCCUUACAGAGGCUACUCCUACGACAUCCCAGGUGCCCGUAUCAUCAACGUCAUCAGUGUCAGUUGAGCCCCUCAGUGCACGGCGGCUUCACUGGCGCCACCGCGAGCCGGAGCCUUCUGAUCACACUUCCUCGUCCUCCAGAGUCGAGGAUGGGGCCUCCCAACCAGCUAAAAAAAACACCAGGGGGCCCAAUCGAAUGUUGAAGGAGCUACAGCUUGUACAUAUGUCUGCCUCCUUGAUCAAGAUUGUGUAUGAUGAGCGACAUCGUGGAGCGGUUACCUCACAGCAGCAUAACAGCGUCGUUAAUUGCUGUGGUUUUAUUAUUAGGAAUUUUUGUCCUAUGCGGUAGGAGAGUUGGGCAAAAAUUCCCGAGGAGACGAGGACCCUAGUGCGAGACAAUUUGGAGGUCGUUUUUGAAAUGGAGGACAUAUCCCCUGAGGUCAGUGCCUACUUAGAGGAGACCUUAGCAAGCCGGUACAAAGAUUGGAAGAGCGCUCUUCACAAGCAUUUUCAGCUAUGGGAAUCUCCGGAGAUUGCUCGCCUACAGGGUUGCCCACUCGAGUAUAAGGAACGGCGAGAGGAUUGGGAGUGGCUCUGCACACAUUUUACGGAUCCAAAAUUUUUGAAGAAAUCUGCUGCUGGCAAGAAAGCUCGGGACUCAAAGACACUUCUCCACCAUUCCGGUUCGAAGCCCUUUUCGUAUAGGGUUGAGGCACGACGUGAGGAGGGUUCUAAGUUCCCACAGAUUGACCUGUUCAAGCAUGUUUACGUUCAUCCCAACAAUGAGAACAGUGACCAGCUUUAUGGUGAUAUGGUGGAAAAGAGCACUGCUAUUCUCCAAGAAGCAACAUCGCAGCUUCCCCCGGAGACCCCGAUUGAGGAUGUCAUUGUACCCAAGGAUGCAGAUGUUCAGAUCGUGACUGAGGUCCUGGAUCAGAAGUUCGGUCGUCGUCAUGGUAAGGUUGUUUGGUGUACGGGGAAGGCGGGGGUUCGUGAAACGGGUGCCUCUUCUUCCAGAUUGUCCACAGGAGAGGUCAAUUCCUUGAAGGAGGAAGUGACAACCCUAAGAGGUCAGGUUGUGGCCCAGGGCGAUCACAUUAGGGCCCAGGGCGAGAGGAUGAAUAUGAUUGUUUAGGCCUUAGCGAUGUCCGGCCUCCAAAUCCCGAUGAUGCCAGUACCUAAUGUUGCUCCACCUUCGACUUCCCAGCCAUUUCGCCCAGACGAUACCGAGUAGCAUGAUGUAUUAAACUUAGAAGACUUGUAGUUUUUUAUUUUUUUGUUCGGACAAACGUACAUUUUUCAUAUAUUCUA